GUCUUAUGCCCACCAAAUCCAUCCAUCUUCACGGCGAGCAGCACCAGGAACCACGAAACUGAGCAGACAUGUCUUCGGCCCCGCUGCUUGGAGCAUGUGAGCUCCCCGGCGAGGCGAAGCGGCGCUCGCCGGCGUGGCUGCGCCGCCUGAUCGAUACGGAGGAGGCCUGGGUGCAGCUACAGUUCGCGGUGCCGAUGGUCCUCACCAACAUGUCCUACUACGCCAUCCCGCUGGUGUCCGUCAUGUUCUCCGGCCACCUCGGCAACGUCCACCUCGCCGGCGCCACGCUCGGCAACUCCUGGGCCACCGUCACCGGCUACGCCUUCGUCACCGGCAUGAGCGGCGCCCUGGAGACGCUAUGCGGACAGGCCUACGGCGCCCGAAUGUAUCGCCUGCUGGGCUUGUACCUGCAGUCCUCACUCAUCAUGUCGGCGGUGGUGUCCGUGCUCAUCUCCGUCCUAUGGCUGUUCACGGAGCCGCUUCUCGUGUGCCUGCAUCAGGAACCCGAGGUGUCCCGCGCCGCCGCGGAGUUCAUCCGUUACCAGAUCCCCGGCCUGUUCGCCUACUCCUUCCUGCAGUGCCUGCUGCGAUACGUGCAGACGCAGUGCAUUGUCGUGCCGCUCGUCGUCUGCUCCAUGGUGCCGUUCCUGCUCCACAUCUGCCUGAACUACCUGCUGGUGAAUGUGCUCGGCUUAGGCCUCACCGGCGCCUCACUGGCCAUCUCCGCCACCUUCUGGGUCUCGUGCCUGAUGCUGCUCGCGUACGUCAUGGCGUCGAAGGAGUUCGACGGGACGUGGAAGGGCUUCUCCGCCGAGGCCUUCAGCUACGUUUUGCCGACGAUCAAGCUCGCCAUGCCCUCCGCCAUCAUGGUCUGCUUGGAGUACUGGGCGAUUGAGCUCCUGGUGCUGAUCGCCGGCCUGCUACCGGGUUCCACUGAGAGCACAUCGCUGAUCGCCAUAUGCGCAAGCACGCAGGCCAUUUCUUACAUGAUCACCUACGGGUUCAGUGCCGCUGUGAGCACCCGGGUGUCGAAUGAGAUCGGGGCCGGUAACGUGGACAGCGCAAAGGGCGCGGUCAUGGUGACGAUGAAGCUGUCAGUGCUCCUCGCCCUCUCAUUCAUCCUGCUGCUGAUCGUUGGCCACGGCCUCUGGGCGAGCCUCUUCACGGGGAGCGCGGUGAUGGCCGCAAAAUUCGCGGCCAUCACCCCACUCCUGACAAUCUCCAUCGUGCUUGACUCCGCGCAGGGCGUGCUGUCAGGGGUGGCAAGGGGCUGUGGAUGGCAGCACCUGGCGGCCAUGACGAACCUGGUGGCGUUCUACUUGGCCGGCAUGCCCGUGGCCAUCUUCCUGGCCUUCAAGCUCAACUUGUACACCCACGGUUUAUGGUUGGGUCUAAUCACCGGGCUGGCAUGCCAGACCAGCGUGAUGGUGCUCAUCACCCUCCGCACGAAAUGGUCCAACCUCGUGGACGCCAUGGAGAAAAACCGGGAUGGCUAUGUCGCUUGAUCGAUCCAUGCUUAACUUGGGUGCUAGUUCAAGAUGCACCAAUUGUUGUAUUUGUCUACUAGUUCAAGAUGCACCAAUUGUUGUAUUUGUCGACGUAACUGUUGUAUUUGUAAGUUUUGACCGUAUCUCUGAGUUGAUUUUACCCUGUAAAAAUGGAGGCUGCCUAACAGAUGGCAUUUCCCAACGUUAAUUUUUUUUUGACUGGAAUGUACACCAAUGAGGAACAGUGGACUGAGAAAGUGAGAAAUACUAGUUCCUGCGUCUUCCCUUU